AUGUCGACCAAAGUGAUCUAUUUCACGGUGGAUGACAGGCAAGAACAAGCGGAAUUCCGUUCCGAUUUUCCGGCGGAUGAUAUCAAAGACUGUUUUCGCGCUGCAGCAGAAGCCGGACCCCACGAUAUACUCAAGCUGUAUAACAUCAAGGGCAACAUAGUCAACAUAUCGCAGAAGUUGGACGAGAACACGCCCGACACGCCUUACAAACUGGAAGUGGUCGCCUCCCAAUGCACGGGGACUUUAGCUGAACAAUUAGGCUUCGAUAUCCAAGACGUCGAAAAUAGGUUAGAAAAUUUGGAGAAGAAGAUCGUCGUGGACAGUGGGGAGACGCCCGGUGUGGUCUACGAACUCAAGCACAAAGUGGAAUACUUCAAAGAAAAACUAGAAAGCGUUGAACACCUCAGCUGGCUGGGCCUUUUCAAAGAGGUUGUUGCCGAGUCACAAAGUAGGCUUCCAUUCUAUCGACAGAGACUAAGGAAAACGGAAGAGGAACAGAGAAGAGUCCUGGACAAAUUCAACAAAAUAAAGCAUGUCCAGUUAACAGACGACGUCAGGGAAUACCUACGGAAGCCCACGUUUGACAACUGGCAGUGGGAGGACGCUGAAAUGAUGAUACUCCUGCAACAAAUGUACAUAGAUCUAGACUUCACUAGCAAAUUCAAUAUUGAGAUGCCAGUAUUACAGAACUUCCUGUUUGAGGUCUUCAAACACUACAACCACGUACCAUUCCACAAUUUCAAGCACUGCUUCUGUGUCUCACAAAUGAUGUACGGCAUGACCUGGCUAGCAGACCUGCGUCAUUUAAUAGGAGAGCUGGAGGUGCUUAUCAUGCUGACGUCGGCAAUCUGCCAUGAUCUCGACCACCCAGGAUACAAUAACGCUUAUCAGGUGAAUGCAAGAACAGAGCUAGCACUCAGGUAUAACGACAUCUCUCCCCUUGAAAACCACCACUGUUCUGUAGCCUUUCAAAUUUUGGAAAAGCCUCACUGCAACAUCUUCAAGAACAUGGGUCACGAGAGAUAUAAACGGGUACGCGAGGGUAUGAUCAGCUGUAUCCUAGCAACAGACAUGGCCAAACACAGUGAGAUCCUCAAUAAGUUCAAGGCCAUCGUGCCGGAGUUUGACUACUCCAGCAAAGACCACCUCAACACGUUGAUGCAGAUCUGUAUCAAGGUAGCUGACAUCUCCAAUGAGGCCAGACCGAUGGAUGUCUCAGAUCCAUGGAUAGACUGCCUACUACAAGAGUUCUUCAACCAGAGCGACGUUGAGAAGCUGGAAGGGUUACCGGUGGCACCCUUCAUGGACCGGGAGAAGGUCACCAAGCCCUCCUCACAGACUGGUUUCAUCCGGUUUGUUCUGCUUCCGCUCUUCGAGGCCAUCGGGGUAUUACUCCCGAAGCUGGAGGAGCACAUAAUUGAGCCAGUACGGAAGGCCCUCAACUACUACUCAGAGAUGGCCAAGGCCAUGGAGGAAGAAAAACGGAAAAAGUCGGAGAAUGACAAGACGACGACGCGACAAGCCAACGGCGAGAUGCCCAAGAUCAACGCCACGAACGGCGCCCCCACGCCAUCCAGCAAACAGAACGGCGAGGCCGCGGCGCCCACGCUCGGCAACGCCACGGACAAGAAAGUAGUCAGAACAAAUCUCACGACGUCAAAGGUUGGCGGGUCGUCCAAGAUGAGGGGCAACCCUAAAUGACACCGACUGCUCUCGGUUCACUUGUAAAUUUCUUACAUGUACAGAGUAUUAUAAAAUCAGAGACUUUCUAGCAGUGUUUGUUGCGGAUAUUCUCUUUGUAUCGGUUUUAUUUAUGAGCUAAACCAAUAACUGAGUGGAGUGACGCGACAAAUAGGGUGAGAGAGACGGUGCGAGAUGUGGAGAAAUACAUAGUGCAAGACAGAUGCUUGCAUUUACAGUGUGUGUGCUAAAUAUCAUGGGUAGAUUUUGGCAUGCUACCCCGUUAAACAUGACUGAAUGUACCAACUUCACAAUGGCAGUAAGUUGUUAUUGUUCAUGCCCAGGUUACACGUGGCCUAAGUUGUGAAUGAAAAUUGAUUGGUUCGAUCGUAAA